AUGAAAUCAAGCAAAACGAACUACUCACAAAAGCAAAUAACGAUGACCCCCCCCCUCAAUCUUCAUGUCUAUUGCAACAAAAAUGCAAUUUUUUAAUAUAAAAUUUUAUAUAAAAAAAAAAUAAUAAUUUUCAUGUCUCUUGCAACAAAUUAUAUACAUUAAAAUGGCGACACGUGUCAACCUGCCCUCUUGGCGCAGCAGUCCAGACCUUAUGGCUACGGCGAACUGGGACGGACUCCAAGCCGAGAAUCAGGCACAGGCUCAAGGAGUGUGUAUCCGGGUAGGUUUUGACUGCUUUCCUGUGAUUGGAAAUGGAGGUGCUCAACAACGUCCUUUGGAUCCGAGGAUCUAUGGGUAUUCCUCUAACGAGAAACUGGGGGUUCGGCCCAGGCCACAAGGGAACAGUCUUUUUUCUGUAGCUGUCGAAGGAAGGCACUUUGACACCCAAUAGACUCCAAGGAUCCUUGGAAUCAAGCUACUCCAAUCGCCCUUAACAGGGCCGCCGAAAUCCAUAAGCCGCCGACUCAAGACUGAACUCCCAAGGCAAGGAGGAGACAGAAGGUACCGGAAGGGCACUCGCAAGAGGGAUAGAUCCUCUGAGCUGGAGUCGAAAAGCGAUAGAACCUUCCGUACGGGAGGUCUUUAAUGACUGCGUCAUCAAUAUGGCUAGCGCCUGUCUGUAAUAAUCCUAAUCCUAAUCCUCUUGCAACAAAUUUUCGAUGCGCAUCUUAAAAUUUUCCGUACUUUUUAGCUAGAUAAGAUUAAUAAAAUGGCGAGAGAUGGCGAUAGCCGUUCAAAUCUCGAUGAGAAGGUCAUUGGCACACCUACAGCAGCGCUGUUUUAUGGUUUUUUUGAGAAACUCACCUAGAGAAAAAUGCAUUAAUUUUUUUUAUAAAAAUGUUGUGUUGCAGUAGGCAUGAAGAUUUUUUUCGAAAAAUUUUUGUUGCAGUAGACAUGAAGAUUGAUGGGGGGGUCAUCGUUACACAAAAGCAUUCAGCUGAAGAUCUCAAACCAAGUCAAAGCUGGGUCAUGAGCAGAUUAGAUUGGUUUUUAUAUGUCGAAGAGAUCUUCAACUCUGCUAAAUCUAAUCCGAAAUCGUUAAAGGUGAAUGCAUUUCAAGUAGUGAAAUCCCUCGAAAAGAUAUCAUCAAAGCUCCCGUUGGUUUCUCCAUCCAAAUACCGUGCGACCAAGCAAUUGAUUGCAUACUCCUAUAACGAAGUGGUCAAAAAGAUAUUAGAGUUUAAUCAAGAAUUCGAUUGUGAUGAGCUGCUUGACGCAUUAAUUGACAUAAAAGAUAACUACUCCCACAAAGAUGAAAACGCUAGUACCUUAAAUAUCAGUGGUUUGCAAGAUGCUGGCAAAUUUGACGUGACUAGACUAUUAAUCUCUCAAAAUGAUACAGCUAAAAGAUGUGUAAAGCCUUCAUCAUCUAAUUCUUUAUCAAUUACAAACAUAUCUCAAGGAUUUUCUAUGCCUCAGCUUCCAGUCCAGAUUCUAUAUUUAAAUUUGUCAUCAAAUAACAUUUCAGAGACGGAAUGAAAUAUUCCGCAAUCUUUGAUUUUGCUUAAUUUGAGCAAUAAUUUAUUGACAGAAUUUUCUAAUUCAUUACCACUUGUCAAUUUGCAGUAUUUAAAUUUUAAUGAAAAUCAGCUGAGCUAUAUUGAUGGGAUUGCUGGGUUCAAAGCACUAUUGGAAAUUUAUAUUAAAAAAAAUUCAAUUGCAAACAUUGGUUCUUUAUGUAAAAUCAGCAAUUUAAAAAUAAUUGACGCUGAAGAUAAUAUGAUAGAAAAAUAUGAAGAUGUGGCGCCUUUGGCACUUUACUCCCCCCUCCUCCGUGAGUGAACAAAAACAUUAGAAAAAUCGCUAUUUUUUGCCCAAAAACCCAUCCUCCGUGAGUGAACAAAAAUUUUUUUUAAUAGAAAUUUUUUUUAUGGAAAAAAAAAUUUGAUAUAUAAAUGAUAAUUAAUAUAAAGAAAUCUAGAGCUAAUUCUGUUUAAUUUUAAACGAAUUGCCUUUUAAAACAUAAAUUUUCUAAUUAAAUUAAUAUUUGCUUUCCUAUAUUUGCGAAUUAGGAUUUUUUUAAAUUUUGAAAAAAAAUAAUUUUUUAUAAAAUUAAUAUAUAAAUUGUUUUUUAAAAAAAAAACAAUUAACCCCCCUCCGUGAGUGAACAAAAUUUUUUUGUUCACUCACGGGGGGGGGAGUUAGUACAAAACUGCAAACGCUAAAUUUAAAAGGCAAUAAAAUUACGGAGGCACCAAAUUACAAAGAGUUUAUUCCUCAUUUAUUACCGAAACUCAGAUAUAUUGAUCCCCCUGAAAUUUUUUCUUUAUCUCAAUGCCAAUUAUCUGACUUUUUAUUUCCAACUUCCUAUAAUAUUGGUUUCCAUCAUAAAAAGCAUCAAAGCUUGCCAUCAACGCCAAUUCAUAUAUGCCCUAUAAACAUUCACGAAACCCCGAUUCCUUCUAAGCCUCCCCAGAAGUACUUUAGCGAGCUCUCUGAAACCCAUAAAAUUGACUUAAGUCAAAUUAGCUGCUCAGCAAUAAUAAAAUCUCAAGGAAAUAAUAUUGAACUUUAGAUGGCCUGAGUACUAAAAAAUAAAUUAUAAGCUAAUUAGAUUUUCAUUUCAAAUUUACAAAUUUAUUUUUGCCUUAUAAUAAAAAUUAACCUCUUUAUAGCGAAUAAUUAUUUUCACUCUACCAAGAGAGAAGAGUCAGCAAUUUGAAUUCGUCAAAAAUAUCGACCCCAAAAACCUGUACAAGGCCAGGCUCCCCUGUAUCAACUGAUAAGAAAAAAAUAUCAAGAAGCACUAAUGCAUCGCCUAGACCAGGAAAAGUAGGUCUGAAUAAGCAGUUUAGAACCCCAGGAAAGUCAAAUAAAUUACUUAGAUCUAGCCUAGUGUCUACAGCAAGGAUAAAUGAAGCUGACGAAUCUUAUUUGAAUUUUUCAAAUGCAAGCAAAGUGAGUGUAAUCAAUAGCGAAACAAUUACAAACUCUAUGAAAAUAGGAUACGGGAACCCAGUUGCUGCUAUGAUGAUUAAACCUGCCACACAUGCUAGGAAUAGAGUGAAAUCAAUGGGAUAA